GAUAACUGUUUACUUCACAAGAGCAUUGUGAGAUAUCAUAUCAUAAGAAAGGUGUAUCAUUGGGUUUUCCUAUCCAUAUAUGAACGAGAGUUCAUUACCCGGUUAGUUAUUGCCCGGUCGUCCGUGGCUGUGAAAGAUAACGAGUGAAGGGAAGAUGGCGACCUUUCUACAUCUACGAGGAGCCAUGGCGCAGGGUAGAGUGUUGCGUCAGACCAGUAGCGUGUUCCGGCCGGGGCAGCAGCUUGCACAGAUGCACCGGUCAACACCUGUGAUGGUCCUCUCAACACCUGCUACCGGUACUCGCCUCGACUCCAUCCCGCGUGAGAGCCCCGAAGUCACUUGGCUCCACCCAGGCGACUACAGGGUGGCGCCCAUGAUAGAACACCACAAGAGGGGAGACUUGAUCAUUGGCCUCACCCUUGUCUUCAACUCUGACAAGCCAUUGGACCGUGAACUGGUUUAUGAAGCUCUUACACACUUGUACAACAAGACGAAGGCGCUGAGGACCUGCUUCCGUGAACGAGACAAUCAGUGGUGGUAUUGUCACAUGCCAAAACCUGUUAUAGACUUUAAGGUGAUUAUUGCUCAUGUUUAUAAACUGUUACCACCAUGUCAGAUAUGGGAAAAUAUAUCUAAAUCAACUUAUAUUAUUUUAUACCUUCAGGUUCUCAUAUGA